GCAUCGGAGCAACGGCGCCGAGUCCAAGAGCCAGAAGAAGCAGUCGAGCGGGCUGGCAUAACGGACGCCGAGGACGUUGCUGCUGCCGUCACAGCCGCCGCCGCCGCCGCCGCCGCCGCCACCGUCGUCGUCGUCGCCGCCGCCGCCGCUUCUGCCACCAUGGACACCUUACUUUCGCGCGCCGAAAUACCUAUCAUCGAUCUAGCACAUAUGGCGGUUGCGCAGUGCCUGCAGCGCUCCGCGUCGUUCCGUGCCGUGCCGUGCCGCGCCGAGACGUGGAAGACUCGUGCCGCGGGCCCGGCCGCCAUGGCGGCUCUCGACUGGUUGCGCACGGCGCCCCGCGACGCGACCUUUCCGUGCUUGCGGCCGCUCGCCAGCCACGCCCCCGCUCGCUGGCCGCUGCGGCCAACGAAGGAGACGAGCAGGGGCGCGACGGACCACAAAGUGCAUUUCGGUUUGAGCCAUGAUCGUCGCAAUUAG